AUGAAGCUUCUAUUGACCCUGCAGGACUGUGAGAAAACUGUAGGUGCAGCACAGAGACUCUCGCAGAAGGAUAAAAACAACCUGGAAGCCCUGAGAAUGCUCACUUUUCCCUCCUUAUGCAGAGAGGGAGACAUCACAGAGUCAGUGAACCAGCUCUCAAAUCUCAUCAGCAGCUUGGACACCCAAGAGCCCCACAGCCCAGAGCUUUUCUACAGGAUGCCCUUCGCUUUCACAUGGGUGGAGCUGCUGUACCUGCGCGCUGUGCUGGCUGUGAAGAAACACAGGCCACAGGAUGAUGUCACCAACCUGCUGAACGAUGCAGUGGACACACACACUGCAGGGCCUGCUGCUGGAAGCAGCACUACGAGCAAGCUACUUUCAGCAGCUACAGGAGCGCAAACCAGACAACUACCCAACACUGGCACAUCUAAUCGAACUGCUGAGGAGAUCUGGGAAGUUAGAGGAAGUUCCCAGGUUUCUGGAGAUGAAAAACAAUCCUCCAGGGCCAAGUUUGACCCUGGGUUUAACUAUUGCAAAGGACUUUAUCUGUGGAACUCCACUGAAAAGCAGGAGUCGGAGCAGCUUGCUGUGAGGAUGGCAGAGAAUCCCCUGAAGGAGUUAAAGCCCCACACAGCCAGUGGACACGUCCAACUACGGAUCCUAGAGAACUACUGCUUUCUGGCCACCAAGCAGAAAACCAAUGUUGAGAAAGGCCUGAAUGUUUUCACAGAGAUUGCGAACAAUGAGAAGGAUCAUGUGCCUGCACUGCUAGCCAUGGCGACGGCCUACAUGAUUCUCAAACAAACCCCUCGAGCCAGGAACCAGCUCAAACGCAUAGCUAAGAUGAACUGGAGCAUUGUUGACACUGACGAGCUUGAGAAGAUCUGGCUGCUUCUGGCCAACAUUUACAUCCAGUCAGGGAAAUAUGACAUGGGCGGGGACCUCUUGAAAAGAUGUCUUUGCCAUAAUAAGGUCAAUGUUGGGGCUUCUGAAUACAUUAUGGAGAAGGAGCAGGCAUUCCAGGAUGCAGUGCGGAACUAUGAACCCCACUAUAGGUAUGUUUAA